UUGUCUUCGACUAAAUAAUAGUAUUAAGCGUCUAGGGUUUUUUUUUUGGAAGAGCUCUAUUUUCAUAAAAACUGCAUACUGAGUUCGAGGCUGAGAAACAGAGGUAGAAAUGUCCUUUCUGCAGAGGACCCGGGACUGCAGCGGGCGAGUCCUGUUUUGUCUGCUCCUGGGGACCCUAUGGGAGAUGGGUUCCGGACAGAUCCGCUAUUCGGUGCCUGAGGAAAUGGAGAAAGGCUCUUAUGUGGGGGAUGUGGCCAAGGACCUGGGAUUGGAGCCGCAGGAACUGUCGGAGCGCCGAGUCCGGAUAAUCUCCAAAGGUAGGACGCAGCGUUUCACCCUUAGUAUGAAACAGGGCCAUUUAUUUAUGAAUGAGAAGAUCGAUCGAGAAGAAGUCUGUGCGGAUUCCCCUAAGUGCCUUCUGAAUUUGCAAAUCAUUGCUGAAAAUCCAAUGAAUCUUUAUCCGGUGGAAGUGGAAAUUUUGGAUAUAAAUGAUAACGCACCCCGGUUCCCCAGGCCAGAAAUCCGGAUAAAUGUGAGUGAGACUACGGCGCCGGGAGCCCGAUUUUAUCUUGAUGAUGCCCGGGAUCUUGAUGUCGGAAUUAACUCUGUCCAGGACUAUUGGCUCAGUAAUGAUAGCCACUUUUCUCUAAAUGUGCAGAAGAGGCCCAAUGGAGGGCGAUAUGCAGAACUGCUCUUAGAUAAACCCAUGGAUCGUGAAGACCUGGAGAUCCAUGUUCUCACCCUGACGGCUAUUGAUGGUGGCCAGCCAGUCAAGUCCGGGACAACACAGAUACGUGUACUUGUCUUAGAUGCCAAUGACAACUCGCCGAUCUUUGCCCAGUCUUUCUAUAGAACCACAGUCGAGGAGAACCUGCCUCCUGGUUCCAUCAUUUUAACCACCGAAGCCACGGAUGCGGAUGAAGGUUCAAAUUCGGAUAUCACGUACUCUUUCAUUCAAACUUCAGACUCAAUUUACAAAAUGUUCCAGGUGGAUCCGAAAACUGGGGACAUAAAAGUGACAGGCAGGAUUGAUUUCGAAGAAACUCAGUUCUAUGAAAUAGCAAUUCAAGCAGUUGAUGGAGGGGGGCUGGCUGAUACAGCGAAAAUCCUCCUGGACAUUGUAGAUGUUAAUGACAAUGUCCCAGAAAUUAAAAUCACAUCCUUCUCUGAUACGAUACCGGAAGACACUCCCCCCGGAACCAUAAUUGCUCUUUUUAAUGCCGAAGAUCGAGAUUCAGGCAAAAAUGGUUAUGUCGUAUGUUCUAUCCCAGUGCAUCUCCCCUUUAGACUAGAGGGGUCUUUUGAUAAUUACUAUAGUUUGGUGACAUAUGAAGUCCUAGACAGAGAAUUUGUCCAGGAAUAUAGCAUAACAAUAACAGCGACAGAUAGAGGGAAUCCUUCUCUUUCAUCAACCAAAACAACACACCUCGAAAUAACCGACAAGAAUGACAACCCACCCGUGUUUCUUAAGAAAUCAUAUUCAGCUAAUUUGCGGGAAAAUAAUCAGCCGGGAGUUUCUAUUAUUACUGUGACGGCCACAGAUGUCGACUGGGAAGAGAAUGCACAAGUCACGUACUCCGUCACCGAAGGGCUGGGCCAGGAUACGUCUCUGUCGUCCUACGUGUCCAUUAACUCGGAGACUGGGGUCAUCUAUGCCCUGCGCUCCUUCGACUACGAGCAGUUCCAGGAGUUAAAGCUGCUGGUCACCGCGCAGGACGGCGGGACCCCGGCCCUCAGCAGCAACGUGUCGGUGACUCUGUUGGUCCUGGAUGAAAACGACAACACCCCGGAGAUCCUGUACCCGUCUUUGCCCACCGACGGCUCCACCGGGGUGGAGUUGGCUCCGCGUUCAGCCGAGGCCGGCUACCUGGUGACCAAAGUGGUGGCUGUGGAUGGAGACUCAGGCCAGAACGCCUGGCUGUCCUACCACCUCCUCAAGGCCACGGAUCCGGGCCUCUUCUCAGUGGGGCUUCACACGGGCGAGAUCAGGACAGCCCGGUCCUUCCUGGAAAAGGAUGCCCUCAAGCAGAGCCUCGUGGUGGUGGUCAGGGACAACGGGGAGCCUCCUCUCUCUGCCACCGUCACUGUCACGGUGGCCGUGGCCGACAGCAUCCCCGAGAUCCUGUCGGAUCUGAGCAGCCUCUCGACGCCCGCAGACCCCGAGUCCAGUCUCACUUUGUACCUGGUGGUCGCAGUGGCCGCCGUGUCCUGCCUGUUCUUGGCCUUCAUCAUCGUGCUGUUGGCCUUAAAGCUCCGCAGGUGGCGGGCUGAGCGGCUGCUGGAAUCGUCGAGCGGGUAUCUUGGCGGAGUCCCGGCCUCACACUUUGUGGGCAUCGACGGGGUCCGAGCUUUCCUCCAGACUUAUUCCCACGAGGUGUCCCUGACCACUGACUCCCGGAAAAGCCAGUUGCUCUUUCCGCAGCCCAUCCCUUCAGAUAGUCUGCCUCAUAAUCCCACACUCGAGAAAAAUGAACCCCUCUUCCCUUUCCAGGAUUUAGUUGAUGAUAAAGGAGAUCCGAAAUUACUUCAGCUUGCAGGAAAGAGCCGGGAUCCGAGCAAGCGCAAACAUUGGGACUAG